AUGGACUUGAACUUAGACCCUCCACCAGAAGAUCCUAAUUACAUUCCAGGAGGAUCUGAAUCGGGAGCUACCACGGGCGGCAUUGUCCCUAGGAAUACUACGGUGUCUCGUCUGGAAACCGCUGCUUUUCGCGAUGGGGUUACUGAUGACUGCGACGUGGUCGCCGCUGCUUUUCGCAAUCGGGUUACGGAUGACGGCGAUGCGGCGCAUCCAUCGACAGCUGGUCAUCAUCACCACUAUCCCGGACGCGACCGGCUCGAUGAUUUGCAACCUCCCUUAAUCUACCACCGAGGCGGCCAGGCGCCGAUCGCGGAUAGAUCGCAGCCGUUCGACGGCGGUAUAGACGACGCUCCUUUAAACCACGCUCUGGUAAACGACGGUGCUGACGCUAUUGGUGUUAAGGGUUUUCCUCGCAACGAUGCCGCCUCUUCUCCUGACCGCACCUUGAUGCGUAACGCUCCGCCGUGUUCGGGGGAGGACUCCGCGGGAACAAACUCCGCGGGGGCGGACUCCGCGGGAGCAUACUCCGCGGGAGCGGAGUGCGCGCAAGCAGAGUGCGCGGGGUUUGACGUCGCGCAGCAGGCGCGCGCGGGGGAAAUGGCUCCUGACUUCAGGGAAAGCAGCACGGGAAGCGAGCCUGAGCGCAGAGCAGCGCGCGCGUGGAGGGGGAGCGGGCACUUCGCGGUGCUCCCCGACAACCUGUGCGGCAAGAUCGCGUCGUUCGUCGUGCACGCUAAGAGCCUCGUCGCCUUCCGCUCCACCUGCUCGUACCUCCGGCGCGUGGUGCGGGUGGGCGGGGCGCUGGUGUUCCUGGCGGAGGACUUCCCCCACAGGGAGGCGGCGGAGAGGGGAAUCACGCAGGCGCUGCUGCAGGCCACUGCCCCUGUCACCUCGCUCUACGUCGAAGCUCCCCCCGCCUCCGACCCCUUCCAGGAGCUAGCGGUGAUGACGUGGUGUCUGGCGUGCCGCGACUCUCUCGAGGAGCUCACUCUCGUGGACGGCACAGCAGACGCCGCCACACGCCGCGCUCAGGCGCUUGCUGCUGCUGCUGCCGCCCCUGCUGCUAUCUCUGCUGCAGAAGAUCCCGCAGCAGCUAGAAACGGCACUGCUGCUAGCACCAGCGCCACCACCACCACCACCAGUGCUCCUGCUGUUGCUGGGUCAAGAGAAAGAGAGAGUGAAAGACAGAGCCAUGGCUUUGAAAUCGGCGGAAACGUUGGUCGGGACAGCAGUGAUGGCAAUGGCAACGGCGGCAGCAGCGGCAGCGGCGGAAGUGAUGACAGGAACGGUGCUGCUGCUGUCACUGCCGCGAGACUCCCCCCACCGCCCUACCACGUCAACAACUUCUACCGUUCAAACGAGCGGGUGGUGGCAGAAGCAGAGGAGGAAGAGGAGGAGGUGGAGGAGCAGCCGCAGGAGUGGAAGCUGGAGCACGCGUCGCGCUGCCGCAACCUGCGCCAGCUCUACCUCGAAAACGCCGUCUUCGACUGCGUCUCCACUCUCCACCGCUGCUCGCCCUUCGCCUCGCUCCUCCACUUGACUCUCGCCAAGGCUGUGGUGGCAGGGGACAUGGUGGGGGAUUUGUUGGCGUGCUGCCCACGCCUGCAGGAGCUGACGCUGCUGCUGUGCUCGGGGAUCGGCCCGCUUGACCUCAUGCACGCGCCGUGUGCGGAGUUGAGGAGGUUUGAAGUGAGAUUGAGCAACCGUGCAGCGAGGAAGGACGCCUGCCUGGAGCUGCUCCGGCUGAACGCCCCUAAUCUUGAGGACCUAGAGUUAGAGGUGGACUGGGCGCCAGAGGGGCGGUUGGAGCACGAGCUGUGGGGCGACAUCCGCAUCGAGUCGGGGCGGCUGCGGCGCAUGUCUCUUGAGCUGGCUGCUGGCUUCCAGUUCCAUGCCAACCCCGAUGCCUUCAGCCGACUCACCGAGCUCAAGCUGACAGGUGACGAUUGGAGUUGGGGCACCGUGCGGGCUAUUCUCGAUCUCUGCGCUCUGUCUCUCGAGGAGCUGUCUCUGACGUGCUACAUCGACCCCCUCACAGCCGCCUCGAUCGACACGGCAACGGCCUUCUUCUCCUCGCUGCCGUCGCUGCGCUUCCUGCUGCUCUGCCCCUCCGUCUACUACGUCAUGAUCGCCACGCUGGGCGACACAAAGGUUAUCAGGGCUCCCAGUUUGGAAGAAUUCCACGUGGAGUAUCACGACCACGCCAUGGCAGUCAUCGCCUUCCUCACCGCGCUCCUGCGCGGCAGCCCGCGCCUGCGGUGCAUCCAGCCCAUGGUCACCGUGCCACAAGAACCGGGCACGGACCUGCUGGGGGACAAGGACUUUCGCCAGGCCAUUGCCCGCCUCCAGGCUGAAUUCCCCCGCGUGUCGUUCCCCUCCGUCUGGCAACUGACUUGA